AUUUCACUCUGCCCUGAUGAGGUGCUGCGUAAAGGCACUGGGACUUUAUGCGAGACCUUGCUAAUGGUAGGCCCACGAUCUUCCUUUCGAAUUUCUCGUUAGGUUGAAGCUUUUUGAGGUAAAAUCAUUAUGCCGAACAGACACGAAAAGGCACAUGGGCAUAUGUAUGAUGGCCACCUUCUAGCAUCUGAAACUUAUGUCGGCGGACACGUCGAAGCUUUGGAGGCUGGUGUCUUUUGUAGUGAUAUCAAAACCGAUUUCAAGAUUGUUCCUGCAGCCGUACAACAGGUACAAGGUUCUUUUGAUGCAUCAUAGAUGGGAUGUUGACUAGCUUGAGCAGUUAAUUGAUGAACUCGACACGGCCCUAACUUUCUGCAUUGUAGAAGAGUCCAAGUCGUCCAUGGAUGAUGUUACAAACUACGAAGAAGUAAAGGCGGAGAUACAAGCCCCCCUAGAAGUCAUGAGGGACAAUCCGAAGUGCACCGACAACCCACUCAUCUAUCAUCUGGACGUUGCGGCGAUGUAUCCUAACAUCAUGUUGUCAAAUGGACUCCAGCCAGACUCCAUGGUCAACGAAUCUGUUUGCGCCGUCUGUUAUUACAACAGACCAGGGAAGACUUACGACCGACGGUUGGAAUGGGCGUGGAGAGGAGAGUUCUUUCCUGCUCAUCGUGACGAAUACAACAUGAUCAGGCAUGCCCUGAACCAGGAAACCUUUCCACCGAAACGCCCUGGGCAACCUCAAAGACGUUUCGCUGAUCUCUCUCCUGCAGAGCAAACAGCUUUACUCCACAAGCGACUUGGUGACCACUCUCGCAAGGUCUAUAAGAAGACAAAAGACACGAAGAUCGAGAACCACGAAGCCAUCAUUUGUCAGAGGGAGAAUCCUUUCUAUGUCGAUACUGUGCGGAGGUUCCGUGACCGUCGUUACGAGUAUAAAGGUCUUCACAAGACUUGGAAGAAGAACUUGGACUCAGCAGUCGAGCCACUGGUGGGCCACAUGCGCGAGCGCAGUAUAGCAAGCGUUACCGCGUAGGUAAGAACUUUUCGAAGAUCUGGGAUUGGAAGAUUUUGAUCAACUGGAGCUCUCCGCGGUGCUUCACUUCGAAACCUUUCAACUCGGCCAACGAAUCAUCGUCGUUAAAAACAGCGUAACAUUUCUUCAACAAUUUAUUCUCCUCCUUCGAGGAUGGUAGGAUCAUGGCCUUGUAUGGACCAUCGAGCUCGAAAAAGAUCGAGUUUUCGCUGUGGACCUUAUACUCGCCCGUUUCCAGGUCCAAAUCGUGGUACUGGUGAUUGGUGAAUUUCGCAUGAACGAGAUGAUUUAGCAUAGUACAGGGGUAGGAGAAGGCGAUAGCUUUGUCGUUCGAGAGUUGGAACUUGAAAUUCUCCGGGAACACGCCGGGCAGCAUACACCAAAUUCCAUCAGUAUCCAGCUCGAGUGGACGUCCAAUUUGUUCGACUACGGCGCG